GCACAUGAGUCAGCCUGUACCGUUCAGCAACGUGCUUUGUUUCGCUACAACAAUUUAGAAGCAUCUUUUGCACCUUUCGACUGGCUAAUCUAAUACCAAUUGUAGAAACUUCCACGAGGACCGUUUAAACUAAAUUAAUAUAGCAAGUAAAUAAUUUAAAAACCAGCGAAAAUGCCAGCCGACACCACAACCAAGCAAGUUCAGGAUUACAAAGACUCGCUAAUCAAGAAAGCCGAACAGCUUAUUAUUCAGGGCUUUCCAGAGAAAAUUGUCGAAUUAAAUGAACUUCUCGCCACGCCUAUGUUCAGUGAGCGCAACUUCGAUGAGGUGCAUCAAGACCUUAACAUUCCAACGCCAGAUCCUGUUUUAGUAAACAACCACGCCGACUCGGCUGGCGACGGUGGUGACGCGGACCAGCCGGCGGCAAAGCGACCACGUAUCGAUCACUUUGUGCCUGGCACCAAAGUUAUGUGCUUGCCUACCGGUUCGGUACCUUGUAAUGAACCACUCUGCGAGAUGAUCAAAAUCGUGAAACCCAUCAUACGCAAGCUUGUAGAAGAUUCCAACUUAUUAAAAAUGUGGAUCUCAUUUUUAAUACCAAAAAUCGAGGACGGCAACAACUUUGGUGUGUCCGUACAGGAAGAUACGCUUGCCGAAAUACAAGCAGUGGAAUCGGAAGCUGCUGCUUUCUUCGAUCAGAUUUCGCGCUAUUUUCUGUCGCGUGCCAAAGUCGUGUCGAAAGUGGCCAAAUAUCCACAUAUUGAAGAUUAUCGACGUGCUGUGGUGGAGUUAGAUGAGAAAGAGUACUUGAGCUUAUGGCUGGUUGUAUGUGAAGUGCGAAAUCGUUAUUCAUCUUUGCAUGACAUAGUCAUUAAGAAUUUAGAGAAACUGAAGAAGCCACGUUCAUCCAAUGCUGAUAGCUUAUACUAAUAAGAAGCAAACGAAAACAAGAUAAACCGUAUUACAACCACAACAAAAACAAAACACAAGCAUGGAGGCAUGCGUAAUAGUAAAAGAGUUGCGGUCAGGAUUGAAAGUGUGUCACUCUGCGGCAAUGGAUAAUAGAAAAUUCAACGAACUGCAACAAAUUAGAAGAAAGCAGUUUAGCAGAAAAACAAUUAAUCAGUGACACCACUUAAGAUACCUGGUGAACGUAACCCAAAACAACUCUAUAAACAGUUUAUAAUCUUAAUGCUUGAACUUAGUUAUGUAAAAUAUGAAAUGAGACGUUAAAAUAUUAGCAAAACCCGUAUAUUUUGAUUGUACUAUACAAUUUUUCCCCCCGUUUUUUUUUUUUGUGUAAAUUUUGCCGUCAUUUUGCAUAAACUAAAAAUAAGGUACGCGUACCGUACACACAGAAGAAAAGAUAUGAGUAAAUAAAAAAAAAUCGAAUUUUACCAAA